AUGGCACCAUACGCAGCACGGCGCAAUUGGGUUUACCUCCAAAAAGGCCGGUCCCGCUUAGCACCGCAGGAUGCUUAUAACUUCCCCACUGUCUUUCUUCGCCAUUCUGCGCUGCCCUCUCUCCUGCGUCAGAUCAUGUCCUGCCCCUUGACGAAAAGUGCGGGUGAGCUGCUCACCGAAGUACCAGAUCCUAUCGGUGCUUGCAAGUUUGAGAUCUAUGACAAUGCAGGCGGCUAUGCCGCGCUAGCUAUCCUCUUUAUGGAGUAUAUCCUGACCCUCCCUGACGAGAUAACGCUGUUCUGGAUCCCUAGACGGUUCAAUGCAGCUUUUGCGUUGCUCGUGUUCAAUCGCUUGAUCACUUUUGCCAAUGCCGGCAUGGAUUUUCUGGCUAGCCCUCAGGCAGUAAAGAAUGACCCAUUCUUCAGAACUUUGGUGCUCAUGAAUAUGUUCGCGAUCAUAGCGUUCAACACACUCGUCACAUACACCUUAGUCAAAGCUGGAUUGCUGCGUCGACAGUCUUCGCUUCUACUUUUAGUCAAGUCGACCGGUGGUGUAAUACCCUUUGUGGGCUGUCAGCAUGUUGACGAAGAUAACUGGUUAAGCAACCAAGCGACCAUUGAGUAA